AUGUCCUUGUUUUAAACUAAAGAAUGGUGGAGUACUAGAAUUCCCGACGAAGAAGAUUUUGACGAAAAUCAUUUAUGUGUAUCCAAUAUAGACAAUAAUAAAUAAAAUUCUGACCGCAUAAUAGUUGGUUCAUAUAAAGGUUAUUUACGUAUAUAUGCACCAAAAAGGCGUGAAUAUAAAAUUGAGGAUUUGAUAUUCGAAUAAAAUUUUAAUGAACCUAUAAUAUAAAUAUUAUGCGGUUAUUUCGGCUAAAAUCCAAAUUAAAUAUAAUUAGCAAUAUUGUUUUUUAAAAAAAUAUUAAUAUUUGAAUGUGAAACAAUAAAUUAACAAGAUAUUAAACUAAAAAAAAUAUCUUAAUGUAAUUUACCAAGAAAUUCAUAUAAUAUGUGUUAAGGAUAAUUUGGAGGUUAAACACGCUAUUAAAUUUGUAUUUAAAGUUGUGAUGGAAUGUUAAUAAUAAUAAAUUAAGAUUAAAUAUAAAGCUAAGUAUAAUUAUCUGAUUUUUUAUUGCCUUCUUCUUUAUCAUAUAAUUAAAUGACUGAUUAAAUAAUACUUUAAAACUCUUCAUAUGAAAUUUAAGCAUAUAAAAUUUCAAAUAUAGGAGCUGUUAGUAAUUCAGAUAACUAAAAAAAACUAUUACCAGAUUGGACAUUAAAUAUAGGCGAUUAAUGUUUAAAAAUCUUAACAAUAGAAAGAGAAAACCGUAUACAUGAUAUAGCUAUAUUAACUGAAGAAUCAUUAUAUAUUUUAAACUAAUAAGGUGCAAUUCGUUCCUAAAAGUACUUUGAUUACCCUGCCGCGAACAUAAUAAUAUAACCAUAUUAAUAAAAAUACAUAAAAACAUCAUCAGAAUCGGAAAAAACAAAAGCAUUGUAAAUAAUAGUGUCUUCAUUUACCAAUCAUUUGAUGAUUUACGAGGAAUUUUAGCUUAUAUGGGCUACUAGAACCGAUUUUGUAUGUUUUGGAGUUUCAUUGGGCUGUUUUGAGGACCAAAAAGGCCUUAUCGUAGGUUUAAAUGAUUAAGGAGAUUUAUAGGUUUUCUAUUUGGGAACUGAAUAGCCUUAAAGCUAAAUUUUUAAAGAAAAAAAUGAAGGCUAUUAAUAAACUUACGCUUAAAUAGAGUAAAAAUAUAACUAAGUUUUUAAAGAAAUUAAUAAUAAAUAAUCAUCUGGAAUUCAAGAGAAAACAUAAAUAAAUGAUAAUGAAUAAAUGAAUGUUGUUUGUAAAAUAUAAGGACCUUUCACAAGUCCAGAAUAUGUAAAUGAUGUACAUAAAUAUUUCCAAGUAAAAGGAAAAGCCUGGUGUGUUAAAAUAUAAAUUAGUUUGGAAUUAAAAGGAGGAAUUAAAGCAGAAAACAUACAAAUUAGAAUGAAUUUACCAAAUAAUCUGGAAUGUACUCAAGGAAAACUGCCUCAUUUGAUUGAAGAAAUUAAAGGCAAUGGAAAUUCUAUAUUUGAAACGUUUAUUUAUAUUUUAAAAGAUUAUACACCGUCUACAUUUAAAAUGGAAGUUUUAGUUUCUUAUAACAAUUAUAUUACAGGAAAAAACCUAGAAAAAAAUAUAAAAAAUAUAGUUUAAAGAAUAGAAUUACCAUGUGCUUUUUAAUGUCUUUUUUGUCCUCCAAUUAAAAAUGCUAAUUUUAAGAUUACAAUAAAUACAAAUAUACCUUGUGAAAAUAUUUAGGAAUUAUUCAAAGAUGUUUCUGAUCUUUCUGAAAAUAAAGAUGAAUGCUUUUCUUAAAGUAAUAUAUAUAGCUUUAAAUAUCCAAAUGAUGUUCAUACAUCUAUUUUAUGUUCAAAAACCGGUGAUAAAUAUAGAAUUUAAAGUUCAUCUUUUGAAGGAAUAUAUUAUAUACUAAUGUAUUUUUUUAAAAAAUAACUAAAUUUUAUGAAAAUAAAAAAAAUAAUAUGAAUUAACUUAUAAUGAUUCUGUUACUUUUUAAGAUUUUUUUAAUAUUAUUGAUGAACAUUAUUAAUAGAGAUUAAAUUUAAAAUAAGUAAAA